GUCUGUGUGAGGACUAGGAGGAGGUCCUGCUACUGCUGCUGCUGCCUGCCUGUCUUUCUGUCUGUGCUAGAAGUAGGGUAGCUUUCUAUGGAAAAGAAGAAAACAUUUUUGACAUCAUUUAUGACGUGAUAUCCCAAGAUCAUGACUACUGAAGGCGACUGGUUCUUCUCAGCAUAAAGUCUUGCUAUAUAGUAUUCACUAGGAAACUGCCUUGCCUGGACUAUAUUACUGCAUAUAGGAUUUGUGGAUCAGAUAAAGAAAGAACUGUCGGGAUUUUGCUCUCAGGUUCUCGCCUACAUCAUAAAUCGUUUCCAUCAUUCAUCAAUUAAUUUCAUCAUAAGUAUGAUGGGAAACAGAAUUCAGAAGACAAGCUGCAGGGGAUGUGGUUAAAGCGCCCCCUUGUGUCUUGUUUUUAAACUGCUGAGAGGAAACAACACAGCAUUUGGAAACAUGGAUGCAGACUCUUUACUUCCAACGAAACAGAUCUUCCAAGGAUUUGGGAAAUGUGAUGAGAUUAUAGAACUUCAUUACAACUACACUGGGAAAUACCAGAAAAGAGGCGAUCGGAUGGACAUUACCAAUAUGCUUUUUCUUAUCAUCUGUAGCUUUAUCGUCCUGGAGAAUCUGAUGGUCCUCAUUGCCAUAUGGAAAAAUAACAGAUUUCACAACAGGAUGUACUUUUUUAUUGCCAACCUUGCACUUUGUGACUUAUUAGCUGGGGUAGCUUAUAUCGUAAAUAUUCUUAUGUCUGGGAGCAAUACCUGCAAUAUCACUUUGACAGUGUGGUUUGUUAGGGAGGGGAGUAUGUUUAUUGCCCUCGGAGCUUCCACCUUUAGUCUGUUGGCCAUUGCGAUCGAAAGACAUUUAACGAUGAUCAAAAUGAGGCCUUACGAUGCCAACAAGAAGCACAGAGUUUUUCUUCUCAUUGGAACCUGCUGGCUCAUCUCCUUUACGCUUGGUGCCUUGCCUAUCCUUGGUUGGAAUUGCAUUGGAAACCUGAAGGACUGCUCGACUAUCUUGCCUUUAUACUCCAAGCAAUAUGUUGGAUUUUGCAUUAGUAUAUUCAUAGUUAUUUUGUUUGCAAUUGUCAUUCUCUAUGCCCGCAUCUAUAUCUUGGUGAAGUCUAGCAGCCGGAGGGUGACUAACCAUAGUAAUUCUGAAAGAUCGAUGGCUCUGCUGAGGACAGUUGUCAUCGUGGUGGGAGUUUUUAUAGCUUGUUGGUCUCCCAUCUUUAUCCUUCUCUUAAUAGAUGUUGCUUGCAAUGUUAACGAAUGUUCAGUAUUGUACAAGGCAAAAUGGUUCAUAGCGAUUGCUGUUCUUAAUUCUGCCUUGAAUCCCAUCAUCUACACUUUGGCAAGCAAGGAAAUGCGGAGAGCUUUCUUCCGUCUUGUCUGUGUUUGCCUAACCAAGACCAAAAGUUCAAGAUCUUUACCAGUUCAUCCAACACUGGAAAACAGUAAGAGUAAAUCCAGCAGCAACAGCAAUUCACCAAAGCAUAAAGGCAUUAUACAAAAUCAUUUUCAGAGCAAUGAAGAGAAAAGCGAAACAUCCAUACCAAAUGGAAAUUGUGUGAAAUGACAUUGAACUUGCACCAGUUUUGCCUAAAGUGGCCUAGGGCUUUAGAUUAUUUUUUUUUUACUGUAAAGACUAUUACAGUUGUUCCUGCACUUAAAUUAUAUGACCUGAACAAAUAGCACGAUACAUUUAAUUUGCAUAUCUAAUGCAUGUUUCUGAGAAUAAAAAUAUAUUUACUGAUAGAA